ACUCUAGUACUUUCAGUACGAAUUACUUUUUGACAAAGAUAGGUGUUUUUGAUUUUAUGCCGUUAAAUUUACCUGUGUUUUGGUGUUUUAUGAUGGCGAAGGUUAUUUGUGUUUGAAAAUGCGCCGUCGGCGUAAAUAGUGUGGUGAUAAGGAGACACUAUCACUGUUGACCAAGUUCGUUCUACUUUUGUUUGUAUUAAUCAUCAAAGUGACAAGGUACGUCUGGUUAUUUGUCGUGAAAGAACACCGCGAUGUCGUAAAGGUUUAAAAGUGUAUUGCUGUAAUUAACCAUGGCUAUGGUCAAGAAUCUCGCGAUACAAACAACGUUUAGCGUCGUGGCGGGCAGCGGAGACCGCAGUCGUGAUCUCGUCAUUAUCUCGGGCGGCGCUUCAGGACGCCGCGAGGAUGCUGCCGCAGACCGUCCCUCGCGAGUGAUCCGCGCGCACGGCACCAUGCACGCCGACCCAGAGUCCCCAGUCUGUCGCGAGGAAGCCAAACUCCUCCCAGACGAAUGGCUCAAAGUCAAACCCACAGCCAUCAACGGCAACCUCUCACCCGGCGUCUACUACCCCACCGGCAGCAAGAGGUUCGCAGCAAGCCCCCCUGUGCCGUCUCCGACAGAUUCCAGACCGAGCAGGUCGCACCGACAUGGAGUUACGAGAAGGACGAGGCGACGAGCUAUUCUCAAAAAUGGAGACUGCAAUAUUCUCAAAUCGAAAAUAUCCCAGCGGCGAUUGAGGUUCCUACAGGAUAUGUUCACUACCCUAGUGGACGCACAAUGGCGGUGGACUUUAUUAGUGUUCACACUCUCCUUUAUCUUAUCCUGGUUGGGAUUCGCUCUCAUUUGGUGGUUAAUAGCGUUCACACAUGGUGACUUGGAAUAUGAUCAUUUACCGGAAAUGCAAGAAUCGUCAAAUUGGAAACCGUGUGUGUUUAAUAUUUUUGGUUUCACAUCGUGCUUCCUCUUCAGUAUUGAAACUCAACACACGAUAGGUUACGGUGCCCGUACCACCACCGAAGAAUGUCCAGAAGCUAUAUUUAUUAUGUGUCUGCAGAGUAUAGUAGGUGUUAUGAUUCAAGCCUUUAUGGUGGGAAUAGUGUUUGCUAAGAUGACUAGACCUAAGCACAGAACGCAAACUCUGUUAUUUUCAAAGUAUGCGGUGAUAUGCCAAAGAGAUGGUGAACUUUGCCUCAUGUUCCGAGUCGGAGACUUGAGAAAGUCCCAUAUAAUAGGAGCUAGUGUGAGAGCUCAACUGAUAAGAUCUAGAACAACAAAAGAAGGCGAGGUACUGUCCCACUAUCAGACUGAGCUAGAUUUAAACGCAGACGGAUGUGACAGCAAUCUGUUCUUCAUUUGGCCAAUAACGAUGGUACAUAGGAUAAACGCUGAAAGUCCUUUCUACAACGUUUCCGCAGCAGACGUUCUCCAAGAGAAGUUCGAGAUUGUAGUUAUAUUGGAGGGCACGAUAGAGUCGACAGGACAGACAACGCAAGCACGGUCGAGUUACACCACUACUGAAAUAAUGUGGGGACAUAGGUUUGUGCCUUUAGUGACAUACAAUCGUGAGCGCCAAGGCUACGAAGUGGAUUACUCUAAAUUCGAAGAGACGACCCAGGUGGACACUCCUCUGUGCUCAGCCAAGGAACUGGACGAGUUCUACGGCAGCCAGACAGACCGUAGAUCCAUCGAGAGUGCCGAACAAGGCCAGCAGAUGGUGCUGAAGCUCCCCGAACGACCUGGAACAGAGGCGAAGGCUGAGCAGACAGACGGAGAUUUUACCGUCACAUUAUAGUUUUACGGGUACCGUCACCCAUUAGACUGUAUACACAGUCUGUUAUAUUAGUAUAAUCCUUUACUUUAGAUAUUCAAAUAAAGGGAAAAAAAAUUGAGACGUAUUUUUAAGAAUGAGAAGAAAAAAGCAAAAUGAAAUAACAGAUGUUAUAUUAAUUUACCAUAGCUAAACUUACUUUAUUAUUUUCCUAAUGUAAUUUUGAUAAAAAUACAUUUCAAUAUUGUUUACCUUUAUUUUAGUACCUAAAGAAAUGGAGUACAGAUUAUUGGGUAACAGUGCUAUAGCUGUUAUUGUCGUCAAUUUAUUCUUGAUUGUUGAUGAAAAUAAUUUACUUCAACAUAACAACGUUAUAAAAUAACGUUAUGCUUUUCAUUAAAAUUAAAUUUCUUACUAUUUCGUCAGUUUCAACAAAUUUGUUCCAAUUUUAUACUAAUGUGGCAAUGUGCAUGUAAUUGAGACGCAUUAGAUACACAAUAUACGACAUUAUUUUUGCCGUGUAUAUUUUAUUUAAAGCUUUGUAGGGCUAAAUAAUUAUGUCAUAUCAAUACGGAAUACCUAGUUUACAUUAAGACAAUAACACAGAAAACAAAAUGUAAAAUAUUUAAUAUUGUAAAAUAUAAGAAAUAAAAACAGUUUUAGAGUAGAGCUAGUCAGAUAUAAGACAUAUCUCAAUAUUGUUACUCCUAACUCAAGUAUGUACGUAAAACCAAGGUUGUGUGUGGCCCUCGAAUACUUCGUAACAUUCCAUUGAAAAGAUUAAUUAUCUAUAAAUAAGUGGAUAGUUUGGAAUAAUGUGAAAUGAAAAUGUAAUAAUAAGAAUGACAUUAUAGCGUAGCGUUAGGUUCUUAUCAGUUCAGUCAUAUUAUUUUAUUGUACCGCUAGUUUAAAGUUAACCAUAUUUCCAAAAAUCUAGACUCAAGAAAAAAUAUAAAUGAAAUGCAGGCCAGUAAUUUGUGCCUACGUCCAUAACAUAGUUAAGUAAAAAUGUUAUGAUAGAAAAACCAAAUUUAGAAAUAUAAACAUCAGGUAUAUGUUUUUCUGAAUCAUCUUUUACAUUAAAAAUCUUUAUAUAAUUAUAUAAUUGCUCGAAUGUAUUUUUGGAAUCUCUAUUUUUAAUAUAAGGUAUGUUUUCAAAAUAUUUUGUCACAAAAUGUCUGGUCUCAUCAUGAGAAAGUAAAGGAUAAUUAGGCUAAGAACUUUAUUUUGUUGCAUGUAAAUACAGAAAGAAUAAUUAUUUAUUUUGCGACGUU